AUGUUACAGACCCCGAUGAGCACCUCCAUCUACUUCGUCCACCGCAACCCGGCCAUCUACCCGGAUCCGCAGAAGUUUGACCCGGAGAGAUGGAUCAAGGCCACUGAAACAGGCAAUCCUCUUCACCGAUAUCUUGUCCCCUUCACCAAGGGAAGCCGAAUAUGCCUUGGAAUGAACCUGGCCUUUCUGGAAAUGUACCUCGCGAUCGCGUAUCAUAUCCGCCGGUUUGAUCUGGAGAUCUGCGACACUGAUCCGGAGAGUCUUCGGGUCACGCGCGAGAAGGUACUCGGAUUUCCUGAACAUGGUGGAUUGCAGAUUAAGGCUCGCGUGAAAGCUGUGUUGAAGGAUUGA